UUACAGACUGUUUUAAAAAGCCGUCUCUGUUUGGAUAAAAGUAUGGUGUAUAAGGUUUUAGAACCAAUAUUUGGCUCAGGAAUAGCGUCAGCCCCUGCACACAUAUGGACUGGACAUCGAAAAAUGAUAGCUCCAAUUUUCAAAACAGUCAAUUUGAGAAAAUUUGUUGAUAUAUUUGUUGAAGAAGCUUCAAUGUUAACUGAAGAAUUAGAAAAAGUUGAGCAUAAUGAAAAUGAAAUUUUCUUUCUUAAACCUCUAGAAAAAUGUGCUCUUAAAAUUGCAUGUGGCACUAUGAUUGGUAUCAAGGUAGAAGAAAAUAUACUUGAUAAAACUGUGGAGGCAUUUGAAAGAAUGAAAGAAAUUAUAAGAGCUAGAUUUCGGAACCCAUUUUUGAUUCCUGAUUUUAUAUUUAAUCUUACAUCUAUGGGAAAGAUGCAGCGAGAGAUAUUAAUCUUUGUUCAAUCUUUUAUUGAUAAGAUGAUUCAGCAAUGGGCAAAUGAAUCAAAUACAACAAACGUUAAUGAUAGCAAAGCUCAUAAAAGACUUGUGGACAUUUUAAUGAAUUCAACUGAUAAAGAAUUCAUAGAAAAGGACAUUUUCUACAAUUUGUUUACGAUGUUAGUAACGGCCAGUGACACCACUGCUGUUACGAUGUACUUUGUGAUCUUUAUGUUAGCAAACUUCCCAGAAAUACAGGAAAAAGUAUACAAAGAGUUGUUGGAAAUUUAUGGUACACAAACUCCAAAGGCAGCACCGGUUAAAUAUGAGGAUCUACAACAUAUGAACUAUUUGGAACGUGUUAUUAAGGAAACUUUGAGAAUUUUUCCUACUGUUCCUAUUAUCGCACGACAAGUGACGGAAGACUUCAAAAUAGGAGAUAUUGUUUUACCAAAACAUACUGAUAUUCUCAUCCCAUUUAUUCAAAUGCAUCGAAAUAAAAAGUAUUGGCCGAAUCCAUUGGUGUUCGAUCCGGAUAGAUUUCUUCCGGAAAAUAUAAAAAAUUAUCAUUUGUUUUAUUUUACUCCUUUUAGCGACGGGCCAAGAAAUUGCAUAGGUAUGAGAUAUGGAAUGAUGUCUAUGAAAGCUAUUCUAGCGACGUUGAUACGAAGUUUCAUAUUUAAAGUAAAUGAAACCAUUGAAAUAGAUAAAAUAAAAUUAAAUAUGGACAUCGUGUUAUCGACUUUAGAACCUGUAAAAAUUAAAUUAAAAAAACGAAAUCCCUAAUAAUGUAACAUGUCUAAUGUAUGUAUAUAUCGAUGAUAGUAUCGUGCAACAGUUUUUUUUUUUUAAUUAUUAAAACUGCAUAUGCAUGUCAAAGAAUAUACGGAAAUGAAAGUAGAUGAAAAAAAAAUAAAUACACAUUUUCCUCUUUAAAAUUGUUCUUGGCUCUGUUCUCCUCCACGAUCUUCGAAUUUGCAUAGGAGCUUUGGGAAGCGCAGCGAGAUCUCUUGCGAUAAUUGUAUCGUAACGAUCACGAGUUUAUCUUAAUUCCUAGAAUAUUUAAUAAUAUGGGAGAUUGUGUAUUCUAUUCAAUUGAGUAUUCUAAAUUAUUAAUGCCAAUUUCAUGCAAGAAAAU